AUGUGUAACCGAACACUGAAUGACAUUGCAAUUCAUACUAUUAAUGAUCUAGGGCAUCAAGUGAUCAGGCAAAAAGUGUUGGAAGUGGAGAAUUAUACAUAUAUAAGCAGCAAUAAGAUGUCUGAUACCAACGGGUCUUCUGUACAUAACAAGAUCAGGGAUGUACCAACUCUUUGGUUGAGGAAAAUUCUGACCUUUAUAAACAUACAUGACUUUGAUAAAGAUGGUUUCAUAGGGCAUGAAGACCUUAUGCAGUUAGGAGACAAAAUGAAACAAUUAGCUGUUACUGAGAAGUCAAAGGAUGAACUUAGAGAGCUGCUCAGUAACAGAUACAAAGUGCUCAAAAAGAGAUCUGAACACGGUGGAACUACAACAAUGACAGAACAAAUUCUACAAUUCUGGGAACAAAAGGAUGAUCCAGUUGCAAUUGAACAAUGGCGAAAAACAGCAUCAGCAGUUUUCAAGAUUCUUGACUCUAAAAAUAAUGGUUCAAUACCAUUUGAUGACUUUGUGGGUUACUGGAAGGUGCUUGGCUUGGACACAACGUAUGCCCAGUUGCAGUUUGACUACAUUGAUACCAACCAAGAUGGCUUCAUUGAUGAGGAGGAGGUUGUCAAUGCAAGAGUGGAGUACUUCACAAAUACAGAUGAACACAACUGCAAUAGGUUCUAUGGACCACUUGUCAAUUACUAAAAUACAGAUGAACACAAUUGCUACCGCUUCUUUGGACCACUUGUCAAUUACUAAAAUAC